AUGGCACCUAUUAAAAGUAAGAAGACAACUACUAAAAAGUUGAAACCAAUUUAUCAUCCUUUAGUGCUCUACAAUUUACUUUCUGGUUUAAUAUGGGGUUACCAUUUAUAUAAUACCUUGUUUUUAUACCCUAAAAUUGGACAACCACAAUUUUAUUUUGAAACAAAUAAAUCGUUGACCAUAAUUCAAACAUUUGCUGUAAUUGAAAUUUUAAAUUCCUUGUUUGGUUUUGUUCGUUCUCCAUUAACAACAACUGUAGCCCAAGUUUCGUCUAGAUUGUUGAUUGUUUGGGGUAUUUUUCAAGUUUUACCAAACUCACCAGCCACCAAUACUAAUAAAAUAAUUUAUGUUACAUUAUCAUUAGCUUGGUCCAUCACUGAAGUUGUAAGAUACUUGUAUUACUUCUUUAAUUUGAUUCAACCUGAACCCCCCUUUAUUUUAAGUUUACUUAGGUACAAUUUAUUUUGGAUUUUAUAUCCAACUGGAGUUGGUAGUGAAUUAUUAAUCAUUUACUAUUCAUUGAAUGAAGCUGCUCAAAAUAUUUCCUAUGUAUACAAAUAUUUUUUGAUAUUUAGUAUGUUAUCUUAUAUUCCAGGUUUCCCAGUUUUGUUUAUUCAUAUGAUUCAUCAAAGAAAAAAAGUUAUGAAACAAUUAUUUGCUAAGAAUCAAGAUGGCCUGAAUAAAAAGAAGAAUUGA